UCCACUCAGUUCAUAAACUAAACUACAAAAUCGAAUAAUACGAAUAUAAUGGCUAUUGCUGAUAAACGCCAAUUGGGUACCCCCGAGGAGGCAAAGGCCCCGAAUAUGCCGCCCAACUGGAGAUUGGAGCAGCAGAAGCAAUGGUGCGAGCGUCGGAUGCGUCGUUUGUACACCGCCGAUAAGCGUGCUGCUAAGCGCCAUUCCGCGUUGCAUCUCAUGAGGGCAAUGACUGCACGGAAGCGUCAUAAGUUUUUCUCUUGGUACUCACUUGGACUACUAACUUUGGUGGCCGCCAUAAGUUUAUGCAUACCGCUAUAUCGCAAUCGCUCUGUUGUUUCCAAGUUCAAGCAGAUGUAUUCUAGUCAGUACCAAGCAAUAGUCCACAAUAAGCAGAACUACUGCGAGAGCGCUAUGCCGCUUGACGACUUGUUCGGCCACUUGCAUGCCAAUGUGAUCGGUCAGGAUGCUGCGCUAAAACAGCUGGAACAGGCCUUGGCCCAGCAGAACCACUUCCAAUCUAUAGCUUUGGUAGGUUCUUCAGGCAUUGGCAAAAGCUUGACAGUUCGCCUCCUGCGGGAACAUUUCCCGUGGCUGGAAAAUGUGCGCACUUAUGCAUGGAACGACCAAUACAACCGUCUGGAGGAGGGAAACUUUGAGACAGUUCGACGGUUGCUGGAGAAUCUGGCACACUGCGGCCGCAAUCUGCUAGUCAUCGACAACAUGGCGUCCAGCGAUGCAUCAUUCGUACCGGCUAUCAACGAGCUUGUAAUUUCUAGCGCCCCAAAUGUUACUAAAAACUCUUCCGAUGUCCAACUACUUACGAUUAUAUACGUCUUCAAUUUAAAUCGAAUGCUGCUCGAUGAACCCUACGAACACCAAUUAAAGGCGCUACAACACCUUCCAAACACCACGGUCAUCAACUACCGCACCUUUGGAUGCAGGGAAUUCAUGAAAUGUGUUAGCCACGAAGCCAAGUUGGCGCGCAUGCAAUUAGAUGAGCGUGUUACGCAAGAAAUGCUGGACACAGCCGAUGUCAAGGUUUCAGGAUGUAAAACAGUGCGCGCCAAGGUGCUCAUCUAUGGGAAGUUAAGCGACGACGUGGACAUAAAACAACCGUAGUUUUUAAUAACAAAUGAUCAAAAACAUACAAAUUAAGAAACUAAUCACAGACUGAUUCCACGAACUAACUGAUGUUUAUGCUAAGCUACAUGGAUAGAUAUGUCGCAUCACUUUGCCAUAGAAAAUUGGAAAAACAAUGCAAUUAAUGCAAUCCAAAGAAAUUGUUAGCUGAGCAAUAAGAAAUUGUAUAAUUUGCAUGUGAUAGGAAAGUCUGACUUAAUACAUAACUUAGACAAACGGAAACCGUACUCUUCACUGUAAUACUCAUAAGUCUGUUUAUAGAAGUAAAAAAUUGUAUACAAAAGACUUGUAAUUAAUUAUAAACUUCUAGACUAUUAACUAUUAUUUUUAUAUUCAGGAAUUCAUGACUACUAUGACAAAAAGACUUAAGCCCCAAAGAUGUCACAGAAAGAAAGUAUAUUGAUUUGUUACUCGUAUAAAUAUAUAUUUUUAAACCUACUCACAAUUUGAAACAAAUAAAUAAAUUUUGAAUAAUUGUA